UCCUAAAAAUUUCCAUUAUCAACAUUCAACAAUCGUUUCUCUUCAACAUCUCCCUUUUCAUUGAUUCUAAUCUUAUUCAUUGAUCAUGAGAUUGAAUAAAGGCAGUAAAGUUGAGGUAUUGACCAAGGAGGAGGUUCCCACCGGCGCUUGGCGUUGUGCCGAGAUUAUCUCCGGAAAUGGCCACACGUAUAUCGUAAAGUACGGUUGGUUUCCGGUCACCGGAGAGGCGGCGGAGAUGAAGAGAGUUCCUAGGAAAGCGAUUAGGCCUUGCCCUCCUCCUUUAAAUGGGGACGAUAAUUGGGUUUGUGGUGAUGUCGUUGAGGUGUUCGAUGAGUUGUGCUGGAAACCGGCCGCGAUCGUUAGGGUUCUCGGCGGAAACUACUUUUCCGUUAGGAUCCUUGGAUCGAGUGGCCAACUCAAAGCACAUCAAUCUCGAUUGCGUGUUCGACAAUCUUGGGAAGAUGGCAAUUGGUUCCUCGUCGGAAAGGGUUCGUCAAAUUCCACUGGACCGCAGAAGAGGAAAAGAUCUUCGAUUGGCUUCUCGGAUGGUGGUGUGCAAAAGAAGAGGGUGUUUGAGAAAGGUAGUAAUGGUAUUCAAAGAAUAAUAAUUCGGCUUCCUUCGCCUGCCUCUGAAAAGAAUAUCUCAUGGCCAAUGUUGGAGGUAUCCAUACCUUGCUUCUAAAGCCAUGAUUGGUUGAGUUUGUUAUCUCUUACGGUUGACCAAGGGACAACAGCCAUGGUCGUUGUCUCCCUUGUUGCAGAUACCCUACAGUUAGUAGGUAAUUUGAUAUUGCAGUGACACUUAUGGAAAAGCCAAAUGCAUUAUAUGAAAAAAAUUACAUGGACUUAAGAAAAGAACAAAUAUAAUGGUUGGAAAGCUUUUGCGCCUCUAGAAUGUAUGUAUAAUAAUGGAACAUUUUAAGCCGGAUGAUUAAUAAAUCUUUCUCGAUCUCUCUCCACUCUUUUGUCCAAAGGCUUCGAACCUUAAAUGAACUCUUGAAAAUGAACUUUGUCCUUUUGGAGGCUGAAUUCUUACCAACUUAAUGUGCAAACAAGUUCAUGCAUGAUGGUUGAUGACAUUUGAUCAAAUGCGGUUCUACUUCAUAGGUGGUUUGCUUGCUUUUGAUAGAUGGAUACUUGUACGUCCCCCUUUGGAACACCAGGUUCAAAACUCCUGUUGUGAUCUUAGAGUUAUUUUUUCAAUGCACUGUAUUAUAUGUUUUCAAUCCUAAUGAAAUUUGCGUGAAAAAAAUCCUGUUGUUAGUAUCGAUGAAUAAAGAACCGGAGAGGAUGGUUGAACUGCAAAUCAGUGAUUUGUUUGGUCCAAUGAGUGGAAUUCAACCUUGAACUGAUCUAGAAGUGGCGGUAUAACACAAAGUUGUUCAGUAAUUGAAUUGCUUUUAGGUUUAUUAUUUUGGUUCUAUAUUAAAAACCGAGUACUGUUAAAGCAAAUGUACUUUUUUGUCCUUUUUAUAGUUAGACUGUAAUUAGUAUUUAUUCAAUAUCUAUAUAGUGUACUUUAUAUGUAAAUCUCCUUUCAGUUAGAUUGGCUUGGAAGCAGCUGGACUCGUUGAACUGAAAAUUGGCAGCCUCAGCGCUCCAACCUAUGGUCUGGUCUUCAAUUCUUCAGUACUUUAAUUCCUAACAAUGUACAGUGGAUAUGAAUCCAAGUAGAUAACAUGGACUUCUCCUGUAAUCAAGUAAAUGGUGAGUAUUGGAGGGCUUGUUGAGGAGAGGUCCCUGUUUCUAUAUUCAUAUACCAGGUUCCUCUUCAAUUGUGUUGAAUGCAGCCAUGACUGAAAGAGGUGCUUCAGUUUAUAUCAUGUACAAUGGAAGAGAAUUCAUGCUGCGGGUAACAUUUUCUUUUUUCCCAAUUCAUGUACGGUGGUUGAUGCUCUGAGAAGCAGAAACAGGCACGCAGCAAGGACUGGAAGAGUUGUUUCAGUUUUAUCCUCUGGUUCCAGGUGGGUUCCUUUGAAUGGGAAACAAAGAAACAAGGUCAAGUUGGUUGUUUCUGGUUGAAUCAGGUUCAAAGUACUGUUUUGGCCAGGGACUUGAAAGAGUUCUGAUCUGGAUGAUGAUGUUCCUGACCUUGGUUUCAUUUACAAACUGUGUCAACUGCUGCGUAUCAGAGGCAUCGGUUGAUAGCUCCAAUGGACCUUUAAAGAUCUGCCUAGGUAGGGUUCUAGCCUAAGAGGGUUGUCCUUUCUGCAAAUGGUGCAUGAGGAUUCAUUUCUCGCUUUCUUUGGUUGGUUGCUUUCAUUAUGUCUGUCAGACAAGUGCCCCAGAAUUGAACUCAAGAUGCUGUCGUGAAGAUGCAACAUGCAGGGAUUUGCUUUAUCAUCCCCCGUGUAUCGAACUUUAGCUGCAGUUGGUGAGGUUUUGGUUUCUCCUUUCUUACUAGUAUUUACUUUUAUGCUUCUCAGUUCUCUUUUGGAAUUUGGAGUUGCAGUUGAGGGAGAAGGAUCAAGUGCGAACAGCUGGAGGUUCAAAGAAGCAAUAGGUGGCUUUUAAGAGACUUGCUCUUUUCAAACUUGUGGAAUGGCAUGAUCAAUUUAUGGAAGAUGGAUUUAUUCCUCUGUAACAGGCAAAUGCUUAUCAUCCCCUUGGAACAUUUCAAGUCUUCUGCUUUUGAAUUAGGGGGGUCGGGCAAGAAUUUGUAUUGAACUUUCUGCAAGCAGUGGACAUAACAUGCACUUCCAUCAUUCAUGGUUCAUGGCAGGCAGAAAUGAUAGAUAAUAUCUACUGGCCGGAAUAAUAAAGCAUGGAAACCCAACCAGAAAUGUGUGUUGUUCAUUAGCUUUGCAACAACCGAGAUGAACUUGGAACAGCCGAAAAUGCGUAGCAUUCGAAUCUCUGGUGCCACUGUCAGAUGCAUAUUAAAUUCCCAAAAGCAUAGGACGGGGCAUUAUCAAUAUUUUCAAUGUCUUUCUACAAAGGAACCUAUGUUUAUGAUUAUUUGAAGGUUGAGUAUGAUUCUUGAAAGAACAAUCAUAACUCCUAGCUUUACUUACAGAAGCGCAUUAGUUCGCAUC